AUGGAGGUUCGUGAAGUCAAGGAAGACGUCCGGGAGAUGCGACGCCUGCUGGAAGCAUUCCUCUCCAUCAAAGAAAUGAGUUCGGAGGGAAUCGCCAAAAAGAACAGACGCCGUCCAGACUGGGCAAAGACAGGUGGGCUUGGCAAUGUUGCUGGGGCUUUACCGAAGGCCUUGGCUCAACGUGGACAUAAAGUUAUGGUUGCGGCACCACCGUAUGGUAACUAUACAGAAAUCCAAGAAACAGAAGUGCGCAAGAGAUGUAAGGUGGAGGGGCAGGAUAUAGAGGUAAUUUUCUUCCAAGCUUAUAUUGAUGGCAUAGAUUUUGUGUUCAUGGACAGCCCUAUGUUUCGUAAUAUUGAGGAAAAUAUAUAUGGGGAAGGCCGAGAGGAUAUUUUAAAACGCAUGGUUCUCUUCGGUAAAGCCGCUUUUGAGGUCCUCUACUGUACGCAUACCCGGUGCAUUCUUAUGAUCCACAACAUAGCACACCGGGGUCGUGGUCCAGUAUGUGAUUUCUGUUAUGUGGAUCUUCCACAAAACUACUUCAAACUAUAUGACCCAGGAGGUAGGGAACACUCAAUGUCCUUGCGGCUGGCCUAA